AUGUUUGAAGGGACCACACGCCGCUCAGAUGCCUUGAAAUUGCUAUAUGCGACUUACGAUAGUGUCCCGGUCAAGAGGCAUUUGAAGGCAAACGCGGCCAUGCCAGCAAAUGAUCUUUCAGAAGAGAGGGAUGACAUCUCGGGACUCCGUGAAUUUGGCACCCCACUGAAAUCCGGACUCCGUGAAUUCGGCACCAAACUGAAACCCAGUCUAUCGACAAUCAUCGCGAAAAUUCGGUUGAAGUGGUGUGAGUUGGCGGGGAAAAACUUGUAUGCUACGUUUGAAAUUCUUAAGUUCCACAAACAUCCUGAAAAGCUACUUGAUAGACCGGGGUUUUAUAUGUGGUUAGAUUUUGCUGCCUCCCACAAUUACCGCGCUUAUUAUAUCAUUCGAGCCUUGGAACAUUAUUACAGGGGCCAGGAGGACGUCCUGGUCAAGGUCUUGAGUGCAGGAUUUGUCAAUGAAUAA